GCAGCUAACUGCAGGUCGAUACGAACACUGUCGCUGUGAUUUCUGUCACUCAAAGACGCAAAUACCACUGAAACAGAGCCUGGCCAUGUACGUCAAGACCAUUCUAUGGACCCUACUCUUCACUUCUGUCCAGGAGGUGUCCCUGGAGGAUACAUAUGAUUAUGAAUAUGAAUAUGGAGCAUACGAGUAUCGGCAGCCUCUGAACUGCUCGACCACAGAGCGCAUCAAAGAUGGACAGGUCACCUACUCACAGGGAGGACUGGAGGGCAGUGUGCUGACCUUUCACUGCUGUCUGGGGCGAUACCCUUUCCCCAUAAGCCAAAGGCUCUGUGGCAAAUAUGGGGAGUGGUCGAUCAUGAGAUUAAGAAAUGGCAGACAGGUGUCACGGGCCACAUGCAAAGACGUGUUGUGUCCGGCUCAGAUCCAGCUGGAUCACGGUGACUUCUUGCCCAGAGACCAGUGGUUCCGUGUCGGGAUGACGCAGAGCUUCUCCUGCCAGGACGGCUUCACCCUGUACGGGUCGGCCCGGAGGAACUGCACCCACUCUGGGGAGUGGACAGGAACCACUCCCAUCUGUGACAACCAUGCUGACGACUGUAGCGACCCCGGGAUCCCACCGGGGGCCCAGAGGUCAGCAGGCCGGUUUCACACGGAGGAGAAGGUGAGCUACCGGUGUCAGGCUGGUCUGGAUCUACUUGGGUCGAAUGAGAGGGUUUGCCUGGAGGACAGGGAGUGGAGCGGUUCAACACCGCGAUGCCAAGGCCCACAUACAUUUGACUCCCCCAGCUUUGUAGCCGCAGCCAUGGCUGGGUCACUUGCAGGAAUCAUGGAUGUCGUCUCGCCAGACUCCAAAAAGACAGAUGGAACAAUAUCCUUUGGACGAACUAUCCGUGUGGAUAAAGACAGUCGUAUGAAUGUCUACAUUUUACUGGACACAUCAGGAAGCAUCAAAAAGCAGGACUUUGAAUUAGCCAGGGAAGCCACCAUUGCCCUUAUCAGAAAGUUGGACAGCUACGAGGUGAAGCUGAGGUUUCACGUGUUGUCAUUUGCCAGCGAGGCGAAAGACAUCAUAGACAUCACAGACACGGUUAGAAGUGGCAGCAUCGACGACAUCAUAUGGAAUCUGGAGGAGUUCGACUACACCAGCCAUGGGCGUAAGACGGGCACCAACCUCCACGCUGCCCUGCAUCGUGUCAGUGAGAGGAUCAGCUUCUUUAAGGAAAACUGGGUCAUGAACCACUUUAAUGAGACUCAGAACAUCAUCAUCAUAGAAACAGACGGUUACUCCAACACUGGAAGCAAGCCUCAGAUUGCCCUGAACCAGAUCCGAAAUCUGCUGGGAUACCACCACACAUCCCGCGAUCACACAGAUGAAAAAUUGCUGGAUGUCUAUGUAUUUGGUAUUGGGGAACAGGUGAACAAAGAUCAACUGAACUCCUUAGCCUCAAAGAAACAUGGUGAGGAACAUGUCUUCGUGGUGGAAAACUACCAAAAACUGGGAGAGGUGUUCAACAGCAUCAUCAGUGACAAGAGUGUGACGAUGUGUGGGGUAGCUCAGGAGCGGCAGGAUGAUAACAGGGCCUACACCAGACCCUGGCACGUCACCGUGGAAGCGGUUACAAAUGUUCCAAAGGCUACAAAGUCUGUGCCGUGUGUUGGAUCCAUUGUGAGCCAAAACUGGGUUCUGACAGCCGCUCACUGCUUUGCCAGAGCGAGCACAGACAUCCCUCCAAAGUUGCACAUACGUCACGGUGGGGGCCUGGCGGUUUCCGAGAAGGCGAUCAUUCAUCCGAAGUACAACAUCAGGGCACUCGAGCACAGAAACGUAUCCGAGUUCUACGACUACGAUGUCGCUCUGGUUUAUGUGAACAAGAGCAUCCCGCUCUCCUGGAGAGCAAGACCUAUCUGCUUGCCAUGUACCGUACCAGCGGCUCGAGCCAUGAAGAGAGUCAACUCCACCUGUCAGCAGCACAGGAAGGAACUGCUCCCACUGAAGGAGACUGCUGCCUUUUUCAUCCAUAAAAACAUCGAGCGCAAACGUACAUACAUUCACACAGAGAGUCAGAGGCCUAGCUGUGUGGAGAAGGCGAGACAAACGCUCAAAGAGCCCACCAAUGUGACUCUGGAUGAGUUCAUACCCGACAGAUUCCUCUGUUCUGGGGGAUCCUCAGGAUACCAGUACGCCAUCACCUGUAAAGGCGACUCUGGUGGAUCUCUGUUUCUGCAAAAGAGAAAUCGCUACUUUCAGGUGGGAGUCGUGAGCUGGGGCACAACGAACGUGUGCGACCCUGUAGACCGAAAUAUGAGAAGGUGCAGCAGCGGGAAUCCGCCUCCCGACGCUCGGGACUUUCACAUCGACCUGUUCAAGAUAAUGCCGUGGCUGAAACAGCACCUAGGGAAGGAUAUCCAGUUCCUGCCUGAUGUCGUCUGAGAACAUCCAGAGCUGCUUAGAGUAAGGAGCAAUAACGUAGGGCAGAAUUUAACAGAGUUUGUGCGUAAAUGUUGGAAUAAUCAUAGACAGCAAUAUCAAGUAUUAUCCAAAGCUUUAUUGUCAAAAGGAAUACGGAUUGUUUUUUUACAACUGUGGUGCGGUAAACUCACUUGUAAAGGAUGACGUUUUUCCAUACACAACAUUAAAAAAAAAAGUGAUUCUUC